CCCGGUUUGUGCUUACUUCCGUUUUCUUCAAUAUGAUGGGGAUGAAGUCGUAAGUAAAAGAAGAAAAGAGUCAUUCUCUUUUGUUCUUUUGUUUCUCUUAGUAACCAGGUAACCCAACCCCAGGUAUAUAAUCUGGUGGCUUGGUCUCCUAAUCAACACGCCAUUUAAUAAAAACUAGCUUCUCUUUCUGUCUUGAGUAGCACUAGCAACAUCAUUUUAACACUGAUGUUUGAAUGGUCAGUAUAAUCCUGCUCGGCUUCAAGAAGGAAAAUGAACAGAACUUACCCACAGCCGGUACCACUCAUGACCAACCAGACUGCUGCAGAAAGUGUUUUUCAUGGACCCUUUGCACUCGACGAUGCAUCUGUGUAUCUGCCAUUAGUCUUAUUAUACUUGGAAUAAUCAUUGCCAUCAUCACAUUGGCUGUGACUGUCGGCAUUCCUCCUCCUAGCCCAGUUAACCGUUUAUGUGUGACUACCAGUAAGCAAACAGGCUUUUUAUGUGAUAACAGAGAGACCUGCAUUCCAGCCAGUGAAGUUUGUGACACAAGACAAAAUUGUGCCAAUGGGGAAGAUGAGCAAGAAGCAUUAUGUAGUGAUUUGCCAAAAAGCCUUCCUGGACACUUGAUAUUUUAUUGCAAGAAUCGCAGGCUUUGGAUCUACGCAGACAAAAGGUGUAAUGGAUUUAACGAUUGUGGAGAUUGUUCUGAUGAAAUAGGGUCACAAGCCAGCUGCCCUCCUUGUGGAUCUCAGUCUUGGAGUUGUACCCUGGUGGUCUUCCAUGAAUAUUGUACCUGCAUUCCUAGAAGUUUUUGCCGAGAUGGAAUACAACAUUGCUUUGACUGGUCUGAUGAAUACCUCUGUACAAGAUAAAGCAGAUGAUGUGAUGACCAUAACCUUGCAGAAACUAAAAAACAACCCACUAAGAACCAGGCUGUUGUGGAACUGCAGAUAAUUUUAAAGGGACCUCACAAAGGAUGUUUCAUUCAGUGUUGUUGCUCUUCACAGCAUUUGCCCUGCUUGGUUUCAGGGGCCGUUUGUUUUGCUCUGCAUUCACCUAGUUCUCACAGUGAAGCCAUUCAUCCAUGACAGACAAGGGGAUUUUGGUUUUCAUUCAGUUUGUUGCAGAACCUGACACUGCUGUUUCCGGAUCAGCGACUUGCUUAAAUUCAGUCUUUAUAAUCUUCAAAUUUUGCACAGGAUGCUCACAUAACAAUAAAACACCUUCUUAUUUGUAAACCAGAGGUUAUGAACUUUCACCUUAUAUCAGUUUCAGUUGUUUAUGAGUUUAUAAAUAUACAGAAGAUCCACAUCUGAUAAUUAAAUGGCAGGCCAGGAGCCAAGUUAGCUAGAGAAAAACAGGGAAAGAAACCACAUAAUUAUAUAAAGGCUUUCCCAAGUUUAUGAAUGCCUCCUCCCACCUCCCUAAAUAUCUGGGAUUCUC